UCAUGUGGGCGUACAAAAUUUUGAUGAAAAUCAAUUCUUAAGAAAAGCUAGGAAAUUGUAAAAACUGUACAUUUUCAUCUCAGUUAAUUAAGGCGUUUUUAGAGAUUCUCGAAUUAUUUUAUAAUUUCAUUUUUAAAGCAUACUUAUAAAAAUAAAAUAAAAUAAUAAAACAAUGAUUUGUGAAAUAGUUUCAAUACGUUUUACUGGCAUAAUAAUUACUCUCAAUACAUAGGUAGUUGUUUAAAAUGGAAAUCGGUACACUUUUUAUAAGCGUUCUUCUUAUAAUGGUGUGAUUGUAUUAUUUGUGAAGUAAUUAAAAUGAAUUUGAUGCGCAAAUUGCGUGGGGCAUCUUCCUCGGCGUCGUCCGAAUCUGCCGAGGGCUCAGGUUCCUCAUCUCACGUCCAACUUGGACUGAUGCACCUGAAGAAGCUAUUUGCAGAGUACACACAUCCUCAACAACCACUAACAGACGCUGAAAAAGAUGAUAAACUUUACAAUAUGCUGCCUCUAUUUUGUAAGGUGUUUGGCACCAGUCCAUCAAGUGAAAUGAAUGAAAAAUUCUGGGAUAUAUUGUCGUUUUGCCAACAAGUUUCUAAGCUAAUGGUGUCAGAAAUUAGAAAGAGGGCCAGUAACCAAAGUACCGAGGCUGCUAGUUGUGCAAUUGCAAAGUUUUUAGAGAUUGAAAACUCGGAAGAGUCAAGUAAUGGCUGGAUGUUGUUAUCAACACUAAAUCUAUUGGCAGCUGGAGAUCAGUCUCUGAUACAGGUCAUGACCACUGCAGCUAUACCAUCAACACUAGUAAAAUGUUUGUAUCUGUUUUUUGAUCUUCCUGAGAUACCUGAAUCAGAGGCUGAUGUUCAGGAUACUAAUAGUGAAUUUACACCCAGAGAGAGGAGGAUCUUGUUGCAAAAAAUAUUUGUUCAGGUACUUGUAAGAUUAUGCAGCCAUCCUUUCCCAUGUGAAGAAUUAGCGAGAAAGGAUGAUCUCACCCUCUUAUUCUCCGCUAUAACAUCAUGGUGUGCCCCUCAUAAUAUAAUGUGGAGAAAGUCAGCAGCUGAAGUGUUAAUGACGCUUUCUCGACAUGGUCUAACACAAUCUGUUGUUCAGUACAUUCAUAAUAAAGGUUGUGUUGCAUUAUGCAUUGAAAAUAUGCAAAGGAUACCAGAACUGACACCUCUAGAGGUUGUUGAAAUGUUUGUGGCUGUAUUUUGUUUCCUGAAAGACUCUAGUGAAGUUAGUCAAUUACUGUUAGAUGAUUUUAGAUCAUGUCAAGGAUAUUUAUUUCUCUCAGAAUUCCUUUUAAAACAUGAAACUCAAGAUGUACCCGAUUAUUUAACUUCAGGGCUGGAAGAGGAACGCGUCAGCGGUUCAGAAGCUCGUGCUGCUUUACGAAAUCUAGUAUUGAUGAUAUCGUCGCUAUGCGCCUGCGGAUUUUCAGAACUUCGACCGACCCGAGCAAAUACUGAACUAUUCCAAUUACAAGGAUUCGUUUUACCGCAGCCCUCUACACCCGGGCAGGCUGUAAGAAAUGUGCAGGCUUUUCAGGUUUUGCAAUCAGUUUUCAUGAAGUCUAACUCUCCUGCAUUGUGUUGCACUAUAUUGGAUGCUAUAUCAAGUGUUUAUCAUGCUGACAAUGCUAAUUAUUUUAUAUUGGAAAAUCAAAACACCCUUAGCCAGUUUUCGGAAAGAAUUUACACAAAAAAUGCAGAAAUCCAAGAGAAAUUUUUCGAAUUGUUAGAAUUCAUAGUGUUUCAACUAAACUUUGUUCCCUGUAAAGAACUUAUAUCACUCUCACUUUUGUUGAAAGCCAAUAGAUCAAGAAGUUGCAGUAUUUUGUGUAUAAAGACUCUUCUUAACAUUUUAAAACAUAAUACAAUCUUCAAAGAUGUUUAUCGUGAGGUGGGAAUGUUAGAAGUAUUUGUAACCUGUCUAUCGCGAUAUGUAGCAUAUUUAAAAGAUAAACAACUUGAAGAAGAAAAUAAAAAGAGAGAUUCUGAAGCAAUACAACAAGAUAAUGAACUGAGUGAAUCUCCUAAAGCUCCUGAAAGAAAGAAAAAAUCCACCAGAACGGACUCAUUGAUUCGAGAUCCUAAUAUAGACAGUGAAGAGGAAGACUUAGGUUCAUUAUUAAUGGAAGGCUUGACUGCAUUAUUGAAUGCUAAUUCUAGUAAUUGUAACGUUUUUAGGGAUUGUGGAGGUGCAAAAUGUGUGCAUGGUAUGGUUGUCUAUGAAUCUUGUCGUAGUAAAGCCUUAGGUGUCAUUAGAGAAUUAAUAGUGAGUGGGUCCGGUGAGGAAGAUAUGUCUACGUUGCUUUGUGGCAUGCAUGCUGCACCUUCGGAUGCUUUACAUCUCAAACUCCACAUCUUGAAGGCUUUGCUAGCUUGUCUAAGAGAUUCUCAUCGCACUAGGACUAUAUUUAGAAAGGUCAGUGGCUUUGUUUAUGUCACAAGUGUCCUGGUGUCGCUCGAAGGCAAGUUAAAAGGAAACGAGAUCAUGGAUCAAGAUAUGCUUCAAUUGAUUCAUAUAGUAUUUUACACCAUUUCUACUGCCAUGAGAUUCGAACCAGCCAAUGCGAAAUUUUUUCAUCACGAGAUUUGUAUGACUACACUUAGCGAGACCAUACGUAUGUUAGGCUGUUUUACUGAAGACGUAGAGUUACAAUAUGAUACUGAACCUGGAGAUCCGGACCUGUAUGAAGUAUUUCAUGAAUUGUUCACCGGAAAUAUAUUAGAAAUGACAUUUCCCGCAUCUGUGCCUGCAGUAUUUUCGAAUGCGUGCGUUGUUUUACGGUUACUUUAUGAUGUAGCGUUGGAUUCAUUCGACAAACCGACUUUCUGUGGAUCUCUCAAUGUUAAAUCACCCAGUUUAACGCGACAGAGCUCUGCAAUCAACGAAAAUAAACCAGCAGGCCGCACGGCGCCCCUAAACCUUUCCACGGGUUCAAAUAAUGGGGAAGCGUGGAUCAUACAUUCCGGUGUUGUAAUAGUAUUGGCCAAGCUUCUUCCCGCAUUGCCGCGUCCCGCAGAACAUGAAACUCAUGCAAGGGCUAUGAGGGACUAUCUCGCGCAUGUACUCAAAAGUCUCGUUAGGAGCGAGCGCAACCAGCAAGUGAUGUGCGUGGCCGGGCUGGCGGGCACGGUGCUGCGGGUGUGCGGCGCCGCGCUGCGCUGCGAGCGACACGCGCUGCACUCGCCCGCCAUGUACAUGCUCGAACGACUCGCCGCGCAUUCCUUACGACCUAUUGAACUCAGAGAAUUUUUAAGAAUGGGUAAUCCACUAAACUGUGUAGCUCCCGAGCAGGGACAAGUUUGCAAACCAGGUGGACCUGUUCCAUUGACGAGAAUAAAAACAUUGGUUUCCAUGACAACACCGAGGGAUUACCGGUCUCAAAAUUCAUGUACGCUGCCACCUUUCGUGGAGUUUGAUAUGUCGGCUGAGGGUUUCGGUUGUUUGUACAUGCCCAGUAUCGCGCCUCAGUCUGCUAAUUUGAACGCUAUCGGAACACAAGACACGGCCACGCUGGGUGGUAUAGGUUCAGGCGACAGAGUAUUUCCCCCGCAAACGGGUUUGAGUUACUCAACGUGGAUAUGUGUCGAGAAAUACUCCGACCCCCGCUCCGAUCCGCACUGCGUUCGUUUGCUGACUUUAGUACGGAACAUCAACAACACGCGCGACGAACACCUCGUGUGCCUCACCGUUGUAUUGUCGGCCAGGGAUAAGGCCAUCAUUGUAUCCACGCAAGAAACCUUAGUACCGCACAAUGUAGGAGAAUGGGAGCCAGAGGGUUCGGGUGAGUGCGGCGCCCGCGUGUGGUGCCCCGACCUGCAACACGAAGGACAGUGGCAUCACCUCGCGCUCGUGCUUAAUCGUGCUGUCCUCAAGAAUUCCUCGUUUUCCCUUUACUUGGAUGGUCAGCAUAUGCACUCCGGCAAGCUGCACUACGUGAGCGCGAACCCCGGGGGCGGUGCCGCCACGCUGUCGGGCGCGUCCAGCGUGUACUGCGUGCUCGGGACGCCCCCGCAGUGGCGGCGCUACUCGCGGCUGCUGUGGCGACAGGGCCCGGCGCUGCUGCUCGAAGACGUACUCACAGCACAGACAGUGUCGGUUAUAUAUCAACUGGGUCCGCACUACGUGGGCACGCUGCAAGCUCCACUGCCACCGGGACAAAACCAAGAACCUCUGACCCCUCUAGUCGCAGAAGAAAAAGUUAUUUUCGGAAUCAAUGCACGAGCGAUGUCUCAAUUGACCCUCGCGAAGAUAAGGAAAGUGUACAGUAAAAACGACAACAAGGCUAUCGCAAAGCAACUGGGCAUGUCGUCGCACGAAAACGCAACCCCGAUACGGAUACUACACAACUCCGCGGGACACCUGAUGGGACCCGCCAGGUGCUUGGGCGGCACCGUCGUGGGCUAUUUAGGAGUUAGAGUAUUCUGUUCGAAGCCAGCCGCGAUUAUGAUUGACACGGUGGGCGGUUGUUCAGUGCUGUUGGGCUUGAUCGCGAUGGCACAAGACGUGGAAUGUUUGUACGCCGGCGUUAAAGCGCUAGUGUGCGUCGUUCGAUCGAACAAAUCGGCUCAAGCCGAAAUGGACCGGCGGAAGGGAUACCAAACCUUAGCUAUGUUAUUGAAGAGGAAAAAGCAGCUAUUGAAUUCUCAUAUACUCCACCUUGUAUUUGGACUGGUCGGAACUGUGGACAGCCAGAAGGAAACAUCGUCUAUUCCUAAUUUGACAGCUUUUCAAGAUCUCAUCUGCGAGCUAGAGGUGUGGCUCGGCGCCCCCGGUGGCCUGAUUAAAUCGUUACUGGAACAUUUAUUAGAACUGGCCACUGAAACGGCUCACAGAACGCACAAUUUACGCACAAUGAGAGAGCUCCAAUUAGUUUCCAAACUUUUAUACAUAAUUAAUGACGUAAAAGUCGUCAGCACAAAGAACGUUCUAAUACAAUUGUUAGCUGCUUUAUUAGGGGGGCAGCCCAGACCGAGCGAUCUGUUAUGCUUGGGACAAUUCAUGGCAUACACUCUACCGCUACCUUCGCAAACUGAAAAGGGAUUGAAUCCAGUAGAAAGCGACUGCGAGAAAGACUCAGAGGGAGAACAAAUUAUUUUACGUAACAAAUGCUUCAACGUUCUGCACGGCUUAUUAUUCACGGCGAGGAAUCUAGUGAACACGAUAGUUUGCGAGGAAAUAUCACGAGUCUUGGGCAUGGAUUGGUUGUUGAGUUUUAUGCAGGAGAACGUUCACCCAACAACGGUGCUUUGGGCCCUCAGAAUUUUAGUAAUACUUUGUUCGGGACAAGGACACCAAUCUGCAAUUAUGCAAAGGUUCCGCGAAGGAGUGGGUAAUGGUGGCUGGUUGCGUCACACAGAGAUGAUAGCGAGCUCGCAGCAAGCAGGCGUGGUGCUCACGGCCGCCGUCCACUCGCAGUCUCAUCUACACGCGUCCUUGCUCCACACCUCGGGAUUCACUUUACUCGCAUGGUUGAUCCUGUCGCACCUGCACAUACCGGAGCUGUACUACCUGCUGUUCGGGCUGACGCUGGGGCAGCCGAUGCGCGCGGCGUGCUCGGAGCGCGCGGUGUCGGUGGAGCGCGUGUGGGCGGCGGCGUGGGGCGCGGUGGCGCCCGCCCGGCAGUCGUCGGCCGCGCUGGCCGCCCGCAUCACGCUGUGCCCCGAGGCCAUCGUCAUCCUGCUGGGGGCGGUGCGCGCGCUCGUGCACGCCGACCAGCCCGCCCUGCCCGACUGGCUCGUCGACCAUCCAGUGCCCAUCCUGCAGGUGUUGUUUUCCCUCUAUAACACAUUGCCAGAUUUCGUGCCCAUAAUGAUGUCAGCUGAGGUCCUAACUGCAUUGGCUUCAACGUUGUUCCCUCUUAACUCAUCCGAUGACAUUCAUAUGCCGAUAUGCGAGAGCGGGGAAAGUUCGGGCGCAUCGACCCCCGGCUCGGAGAAGGAGGUGGUGAUAGCGGGCGCGUCGGCCGCGCUCACACAGCACGCGGUGCGACAGAGCGUCAUGGACUUCCUGCGGGUCAUAGUAUUGGACUCUCUGUCGCUCAACGUCACGGGGAAGACGGCGCCGAACGCGGAAAGCGCUGACACAGUGCCCUCUUCAAUGUUUUGUACGCCAUGUAGCUCCGGCCCGGCGAGAUCUUACUUUCAUAGCGUUAUUGACCUUGUCUUAGAUGCAUCUCCACCGAAUUCUACAAGCCAGCAACAAAUUGAAUACCAGACUGAAGUAUUGACUACUCUGAUGGAAAAUUUGUUGAAUACCGAACUGUUUAGUUCAGAAUCUAACAUAUCGAAUGUUUGCUAUUUGGCCGCCCGGCUCGUCGAUAAGUUAUGGCAGGGACAACUGUCGAGGGACCCUCACGAGGUAUUCGAUUUUAUUGUGAAACUGGUAACGCAAGCAAAAAAGAAAUCUUCUCUUGUAUCACUGGAAGGGCUCCAUCAUUGUUUGAACAGAACAAUACUUUUCUUAUUAUCACGUUCUACUGAUUCCAUAGCCGAUCAGAUGUCCGUAUUGGAGGCUUUACAUAAACUAACGACGAACAGGCUGCUUAUAUUUGGGGCGGGAAAUCAUGAGUUGGAGUUUAUCGGUUGCCUGACGUAUUGCCUGCUGCAGUUGAGUGCUAACAUGAAGAUCGCUUUAGAUUCGCACAUGCGCACCACUUGGCACGUUAAUCCCAGCGGAGAUCUAGAAUCUAGGGAUGAUAAGCUGACAACUCACCAAGGACGUAAUCUCAUGGCGGGUGCUGCUCGUAGAGUGUGGGAGGAGUUAUACGUGUGCAAGAAACCUGCUAUAGAAGAAGUCUUCAAAAUAACAUUAGUGUUGCCAGUCGGUAACGCGCACGCUCCCGACCUCACUGCGGUCAGGGAACAGCUCAAUGAAAGCGCUCACAAGCUGUGGAUCAACUACAUCGACACCGAAAGAAAAGCCGUAUACAGAGUACCGUGGGAAUUGCACAAUCAGAUCCAGUCCAAGAUACAAAAAGUGACCGGCGGUUUGACCCGGCUUGCGUCCCGUACGAAGGUCAAAAAGGAGGAUUCAGCUAAACAACGUCCCACCCCGCCCAGGGACCACGCGCUCGCUUACAUGCAGGACCAUGUGCAGUUGGUCAGACAGGCGUGGUGCAAGGAGCGUGCGAGCGCGGCCAACACGCGCGCGCACACGACGCGCUACGUGCAGGCGGAGUGGGCGGGCGCGUGGCGGGAGCUCACCCGCGAGCGCGCGCUGUGGGGCCCGCCGCGACCCGCGCCGCUCGACAAGUGGGCGCUCGACUGCACCGAGGGACCCUGCCGCAUGCGCAAGAUGCUGCGCCGGAACCAUCUCUUCUACGCGCACUACCCCUACAGGGCCGACCUCGACAACCCAGAUAACAAACAAUUAAAGUACAAAGUCGCCCAAAGCUUAGACAGCAAGGAAUAUUACCGCGUGUAUCAGCAAUGGCGGACGGCCGGCGCUAUAUUGGACGAGGACGACAGCGUCGAGACACCCGAAAUUAACAACUUCGAAGAGCCCGUAGCCAACACGAGUCAAACAAACUCAGUGGAUGUGGUGGCGAAUGAGGACGGGUCGCCUUCCGAUUUAGUCAGCAGCGGCGUUGUUAGUCGGGGCACGAACCAAGCCUCUGGAGAAGCAAACGAAGAUGGCCUAGAUAAUGAAGACGAAGAUGAACAACCAACACCUCCUCCGGAUAAUCAGACUCUUCUUAGGCUGUUGGAACACCACGAAAAGAUUUCACAUAUGUUCCGCUGCGCAAGAAUUCAAGGCUUAGACACGACUGAAGGACUUCUGCUGUUCGGACGUGAGCAUUGUUACGUCAUCGAUGGGUUUACGUUGUUGAAAAAUCGAGAAAUACGCGACUUGGACAGCUGUCCCGACGAUUACGAACCUAUACUUCCCAGCCAAGGGAUACAGCGGAGCAACCAACGACAGUGCUCUAAAUUUUUAUAUGAAGACAUUAGGGAAGUGCACAAAAGAAGAUAUUUAUUACAACCGAUAGCUCUAGAAGUUUUUUCCAGCGAUGGAAGAAAUUACUUAUUGGCUUUCCCCAGGAAAGUUAGAAAUAAGGUGUACAGCAGGUUCACGGCGCUGGCGACCGGCAUGGCGGACAGCGCGGCGGGCUCGGUGGCGGGACAGAAGCGCGGCGUGCCCGUCGAGCAGCCCGCCGGCCUAUUCGCCUCGCUCAUCGGAGACACCUCCGUCACGCAACGGUGGCUGCGAGGAGAAAUAUCAAACUUCCAAUAUUUAAUGCACUUGAACACCCUCGCUGGGCGGUCGUAUAAUGACCUCAUGCAGUACCCUGUGUUUCCGUGGAUUCUUGCCGACUAUGAUACCUUAGAGCUGGAUCUAAACGACCCGGCGACGUUCCGGGAUCUUACUAAACCAAUGGGAGCGCAAAAUCCUGAACGAUUGGAACAAUUCAGAAAGAGAUAUAAGGAGUGGGACGAUCCUCACGGCGAGACGCCUCCGUAUCACUACGGCACGCACUACUCUUCCGCCAUGAUCGUGUGCUCGUACUUAGUGCGUAUGGAACCAUUCACGCAACACUUCUUGAGACUCCAAGGCGGCCAUUUUGAUUUAGCUGACAGAAUGUUUCAUUCGAUAAAGGAAGCGUGGAACUCAGCUUCUAAACACAAUAUGGCCGACGUGAAAGAAUUGAUUCCAGAAUUCUUUUAUUUACCAGAGUUUUUAGUCAAUUCGAAUAAUUUUGAUCUGGGUUGUAAGCAGUCCGGCGUGGCCCUGGGUGACGUGGUGUUGCCGCCGUGGGCCAAGGGGGAUCCUCGCGAGUUCAUACGUCUGCACCGCGCCGCGCUGGAGUCUGAUUACGUUUCUCACAGACUCCACCACUGGAUCGACUUAGUUUUCGGAUACAAACAACAAGGACAACCGGCAGUUGACUCAUCUAACGUAUUCCAUCAUUUGUUUUACGAAGGAAACGUUGAUAUUUACAAUAUUGAUGAUCCCCUUAAAAAGAACGCCACCAUUGGCUUCAUAAAUAACUUUGGACAGAUCCCUAAACAGUUGUUCAAAAAGGCUCAUCCCAGUAAGAAAAUGUCGCAAAGGAGCUCCACGAUAUUAGAUCCUAAUAACAUAAUACCAUCUCAAGGUAUCACUCCACCUGAAAAAUUGUUCUUCCACAAUCUAGAAAAUUUGAGGCCUUCUUUACAACCAGUAAAAGAAGUGAAAGGCCCCGUCGGUCAAAUAUUAUAUACAGAUAAAGCGAUCCUAGCAGUAGAACAGAACAAAGUGUUGAUGCCUCCCUCGUACAACAAGUACGUGGCUUGGGGCUUCGCUGAUCAUUCUUUGAGGAUUGGGAACUACGACAACGACAAGGCGGUGUUCGUGUGCGAAUCUGUGGCGCAGUCCUGUGGGGAAAUUGUGGCUUGUGUCUGCCCCUCGGCCAAGACUAUCGUGACCGCCGGCACCAGUACCGUCGUAACGGUGUGGCAGUAUUUGGCUCGCCGGCGUCGGCUGUCGGUCAAGGUGUGUCUGUACGGUCACGAGGAGGCCGUGACGUGCCUGGCGGCCAGCCCCGCCUACAACCUGGUGGUGAGCGGCAGCCGGGACGGGCAGGUCAUCGUCUGGGACGUCGAACGCGGCUCCUUCAUCCGGCAACUGGUGCCCGACAACACGCGCGGCCCGCACCCCCCCGUGUCCGCGCUCGCCAUCGACGACUUAACCGGCGACAUAGCCACGUGUCGCGGCAGCUGGUUGUAUCUGUGGUCCAUCAACGGCACGUUGCUGGGCGGCGUGGACACGGCGGGAGGGCGUGAACGGUCGCAUCAGAUUCUGUGCGUCGCUUUCAGCCAGACCCGCGAGUGGGACCCGCUCAACGUCGUCAUCACGGGCUCGUCGGACGGGGUCGUCCGGAUGUGGUCCAUAGACUACAUAGCGGAUACAUCAGAGAGUCAAGUCGAUGAAAGCUUAGACUGUGGCGAUGUUAGUGUUGACCCUGCCUCGAGCUCUGCUGAUGUAGACAAAGGGAAAGAAGAACAAAAAUCAUCGGAACUGGACACCGAGGAGUUGAGAACAGAGAGUGAGAGAACAGUCGAUGCUGAUGUGAAGAUUAAUGAUCCUCAGCCCAUAGAAACUGAGGCAGCUAUCAAAAGAGUUGAAGAAUUGGUUAAACAGAUGAGUCUAUCACAAGAAACUGAUGGUAAGUUGUAAAAUCAGCAUCAGAAAGUUCUCUGUCCGAUGCCUGUGAAACUAGUGCAAAGGAGUCCGCUCGCAGACACGACGAGAAAGACAUUUGCAGCGACAACGAUGAAAGAUUUGAACAAAAGGACGAACAUAUUGUCGAUUCUUGUGAUGAAGUCAAACAGGAUUACGACAACGAGAAGGAAGUUGAUGAUGACAAAGAAAAUCUGA